CGCCAUCCAACGGCCGGUGUACGAAAUCGGUGUCCAUAUGGUUGUGGAAAGAUGGUAGCACUUCGGACAAUAGAUUAUCAUCGAACUAACGGGUGCCGUCCUGGGCUCUCCAAAGAUAAGACAAGAUACUAUUGCUGUGGUGUGUGCUUUAUGGAGUUCGUAACAAGAACAUCGUUUCAUGAACAUUUGAGCAUCGAACAUGAUGUACAUCCACAAAUUCAUGAGCUGACGUUUAGCACUAUGGAUGAAUUCAAGCGGUUCCUUCGUUGGCUUGAACUCAAAGGAGGCGCACAUUUCCGUCACAAGUCCGGAUCUAAACGUCGUCAACGUGGAAAGGGUAUAUUUAUGGCUUGCAAUAGGAGCGGUUUCGUGAACUCUAGUAAUGCCACUGGGAGUGAGAGAGAUCGCAUAGGACCGUAUCGUAUGGGACAUACAUGUACUGCGUUUAUUCAUGGAACUCAGCAUGUUGACGGUCGUGUAUCAAUAGAGAUGUGUGGAGAUCACUAUGGUCAUGACGUUCGAAUGCGGCUUCCUCCGAUUAUUAAGUCUAUAAUAGCUCAACGGCAAAUGGAAGGCGAAACGAAUGCUGACAUUAUCGACUAUCUGAGACAGCACUUCCUUCCCUAUGCCAAUGAAAAUAUUUAUGCGCAGCGUGCAUGCCUUGUUGAUAAUGAGGAGUUGCGGACCAUUAACAUUACCUCGACAAAGAAAUGGGAGAUUGAGGGAAUCCCAACCACUUGCGAAAUAUGGGAAGAAGAAUUGCUUGAUAUGGUCGGAAUUGUUAGAGAAGGAGUUCCCCGAAUUCGACCACUAGAUGAGAAGACUACGGAUGAAAUUGCUGAGCAGCAGGUCUUUCCCUAUUGA